AAAGAUCACCACGUCACAAUGAUGCUUCGCCGCUGCGUUGGUCUACGUCGCUUCAGUUCCAUUGCUACGGACCUUCCGCUGGCACCAGUGGGUGCCAUUCCUCGCGGAGAUGCUGACCGUAUUCCAGAAGACGUAGUGCGCGCGCUGGACAAGUUCAUUGUUGGACAGCAGGAUGCAAAGAAGGCCGUGGCUGUGGCACUGCGCAGUCGUUGGCGCCGUCGACAGCUGCAGAACGACGCGUUGCGAGCGGAGAUCUCGCCCAUGAACAUCCUCAUGAGUGGUCCAACUGGGUCCGGUAAGACGGAGAUUGCGCGGCGUCUGGCCAAGAUCUCCGGGUCGCCGUUCCUCAAGGUGGAGGCCACCAAGUUUACCGAAGUGGGCAUUUACGGCGCCAACGCGGACUCCAUGAUCAAGGAUCUCGUAGAUGUGGCUGUCAACAUGGAGAGAGCUGAGGCACAGAAAUUCCACGCAGCUGCUGCUCGAGAACGCGCUAUUGACCGCCUUGUGGAUCUGCUGGACCGCAAGAAGCUCAGUGACAUCUCUAGGGCGGAACUCCGCGAAGAGAUUGCCACGGGCAAGGCGGACAACCGCAAAGUUCGAGUUCAGCUCAAGCCGUUAGCAAGUAAGACGCGCCCCUCGUCAGCGAACCCGGAGAUGAUGAUGGAGAUGCCCCCAGAACUAGCGAAAAUGAUGUCACAUCUUGACACGCUCAUGGCUUCGCGUUUUUCCGGCGGUGGAAAAAAGAGUGAGGACAACACGACGAGCAUGACGGUCAAGGAGGCGCUGCCUCGUCUCGAAGCUGAGGAGGCGGACGAGAUUAUUGACGAUGACGAAGUGGUCAAGAGGGCGUUGGAGAACGUGCAGCAUAACGGCAUCGUGUUCCUGGAUGAGAUCGACAAGCUGGCUAAUGCUGGCGACCAGGCUCGCUCUGGAGGAAGCGGAGCAAACUAUCGCAAGGGUGAAGGCGUGCAGAAGGAGUUGCUGGCUUUAACAGAGGGGUGCGCUGUGAACACUCGCUACGGACUAGUGUACACAGACCACAUCCUGUUUAUCGCCAGCGGUGCCUUCCACCGCUCAAAGCCUUCAGACUUGAUGCCGGAGUUGCAAGGCCGUUUGCCAAUUCGUGUGGCGCUUUCGCCUCUUGGUGCAGCUGAGUUCGAGAAGAUCCUGAAGGAAACGGAUCACAACUUGUUGGAACAGACGAGCGCGUUGAUGGAGACGGAGGGCGUGAAGCUCACAUUCACGGACGACGCCAUCAGUGAGAUUGCUACUAUUGCAGAGCAGGUGAACGCACAGACGGACAACAUCGGUGCACGUCGCCUGGCGACUAUCAUCAGCAAGAUCACAGAGGAGGUCUCCUUCCACGCACCGAAGAUGAACGGUAUGACCUUCGAGGUGGACAAGAAGUACGUACAGCAACGACUUUCGAAUGUGCUCGAUCGCACGGAUCUCUCCAAGUUUAUCCUGUAGACACCACGACAUUCUGCAAAUACAGGGCGCACAUGCGUCAAUUGUUGCUUUAUUUGUGUUGCGCGUUUAUCGCUGCAACUCAUAGAGUCUACGCUUUGACCACCAUUCUCCAGGCAUCUGAGAAAUCCAUGCCUUCGUUUAAUUUGGCUUCCACGGCCUGUGUGACCUCCUUACCGAAGAUGCAUUCCAAGAUCUCGAGCUGGGGGUCGCCCAUUAGCUCAUCGUACAUGGCGUUCAUCGCUGCUGUGUAGUUCGUAAUACGCUCAAGUCUGGGCAAGUCUUCGAUGAUCGGCAUGAGAUACACUUGGCAGGACACGGUCUCUCCCUUGCGUUCUCCGUCCACGAGAUCCACGUCGAUCUCGUCGCGAGCAUAGAGAUCGUCAUCCACUUCCUCCAGCACGUCCAGAGCCGCCAAUGUGUCGUCAUCGACGCUAAAGACCUCGCCGGUCACUUGGUAACCCUCGUUCAUUGGCGCACGAUAGAGACACGGAUAGAAGGCUUGGUCGUCCAGCACCAUGUGGAAAUCCUCCUUCGACGUACGAGCUGCGCCAACGAAUGAGGCCUUUCCAAGCUCGAUUGCUGGCAACAAAUACGUUGUGUAGUUGUACAAGCCCGUCUUGAGAGUGCCGUACACGAACACCAACGUCGAAACCAUCGCGUACGUCCAGCAAAGAUUUUGAAUUUUAUGCGCUUCAACAUUUGGUAAUAUUAUUAUGAAGAGUAG